AUACUUUAGGAACGGAUGUGACUAGGAAAGUAGAUGUUGGCACACUUGUUCUUCCAGAUAAUACUAGUUACACUGUAUGUAGUUAAUGGUUCCUGGCAACCUAGUACCUACCCCGAUUCAGACGAUCUGGCCCACUCAGCUUUACAGAGAGUUCCGGUCGAACACCUGGGUCAAGAUGUUCAGUUGAGGUGUACUAAAAUAUUUGAGAGGUCAGAAUCUGACAUGGAAAUGACUUCCCGUCAAUGUGACCCAUCCUGGAGUGACGGCUGUUUCCACAUGUGGUUGAAAGAUGGUGAAAAGAUUGAUACAGAAAAUUGGAAAUAUGAUACAAAGUCUAUCAUCACGUACGACUACUGUGAAAACUUUGAAUGGACAACAGAUUUAAUAAAAGGAUUCGGCCCCAUCGUUGAAAUGAACUCAGGCGACAAAAAUUACUAUGCUAGCAGAGAAAUGGCUUGUUACGCAUCAUCCCUAACCAUCAAAAGUGUGGUAGCAGCUGACUUUGGGAAAUACACAUGUAACUUUUCACAUCACACAGUAGACGAGGACGGCUACUACAACAAUGGAGGCAGUUCACUGCAAUACAUAACCCUUUACAAUGUAAACGACACAAGCAUCAAACAGGACACAAAAAUAGAGUACUUUCAGAAGUUUUACACGAAAGGGCUGAAAGAUAAGAUGUUGUUGCAGUGUGUUGCUACCGGUGGGGAGCUACAGUGGUCUACUGGUAUUUACCCUGAGAGUGGUUCUGGUGUUCCCUUGGCGGAGUUGAAUUCUCAAGAUAUUUGGCGAUGUUUCAACUAUUCGGAGAAUCGGCACUCUCCACAUAAGGGAAUCACAGAGUCCUUUGUAUAUGUUGACCGUAUAUGUGCUUUGGAUUCUGGUCGAACAAUAUCGUGCAUUGUUGGUGGCAACGGACUUGGACAGGUGAAAGGAAAUGUAGCUUACAUACGCAAGAAGUCCGGUUAUGAUGAUUAUUAUUAUGAAUAUCCCUACUGGGAACGUGAACCAUCUAUGGCAAUUGCUGGUUUUACAGUUGUCCCAGUGGUUGUUGCUCUACUGAUCGCAUCUCUCAUAUUUGCCGCGGUAAGAGCCAAGUUAUGUGAGUGUUGCAGCCGUAGCUCUGUUAACCCAAGAAUGGUACAGUUUCAACCACAAGUUCCUGCUCAACCAAACCAAGUUUACCCAGCACAACCGGUUCAAGCUCAGGUACCUUAUCCAGCACAACAAGUUCAAGCUCAGGUACCUUACCCAGCACAACAAGUUCAACUCUAGGCUACUUACUCUGUUAGUUUAUAUUGGACACGGUUGUGUAUUUGAUGGUUCUAAAGCACUGUUUACCAGGCAAUUACUCACAGUUUAUGUAUAACAGGCUACAAACUACAAAGUGGGCCAAAAUUAACGCCAUGUUAACUUAUCAUUACGAACGCUCUGUAUCGUACUCAAUGGUUCCUACUCUCGUGUCCAGUACUCUGAUAUUAAAAGCUAAUUAUUGCACACAUUAAGUGUACCAAGAUAAUAAGCUGUUACUUUAUUAUCUUAUUGAAUAUAUCAGAUAGAGUAGUUUCUACUUAGUUUAAAUCUUC